ACCCAACUGGUUCUCCCCCGUACGAUUAAGAGGCAUCAGAGGCUCACUAGAGUAUUUAAGGAUUCACGUUAAAAAUAACACCUGUACAGCUAGUGAUAUUUGGGAUGGAGAUAUAACAGAGGGGGCAGAAAUAAGGAAAGAGCGAAACCAACAGUGCGGUUAGACCAACAUUUCCACUAAGUGUGUUUACCGUCAGUUCCAUUUCACUCUUGCUUCUGAACACUAUUUUCUUACUAACAAGACACAUUCACAAAAUCUGUCUCUUAUUCUUGUUACUAAAAUCGUUACACUUCUUGCAUAUCAGUUUUGUGAUUAGUAGAGAGUACCCGUGAUGGAUCGACGACGAACCCCCGCGUCCCAGCAUGGCUGAUCGUGGGGAGUUGUUGAUUACCCCAAAAAGGAAAAAAGGAAACACUUUCAUACAUGAGUAUAUAUUUUUUUACCUUCAAGUUGUGCAUUUAGUACGUAAGUAGAAACGUUUUGAAAUUACGACUGCCUGACGAAUAGGAAUGUUUGGAACUGUUUGCUCCAGCGAUGGAGCGUUGUAGGAAGAACGAUAAAGGGAAAAGGUAUUUUGUUACUGGAUGGCUCUAUUGCAACUCAAAGAUCUCAAAUAAUCUCAAACCGGUGGAUGGAAGAUGAAGGAAUGAAAAGCUGAACUAUGGUUACGUUUUCACUCUCAAAGCUCAGAUAUUUACCCGUUCUUUGAGUUUUACUUUACCUCAUGCAAUAGUGUCUGUGGUGUAAAGAAGGCAUGUAGUAGUACGGUACAGUACAUCGUGACCGGGCAGAUUGGCAGAUGUUUCGACGCAGAUGACUGCGUGAGUAACAAAAAAAAGUGAGAAAACAUAUGAAUCGAAUUUAACGUAGUAUUUCCUCCUCGCCCCCCCCCCCCCCCCCAAUUACUAAUGGUAGUGAAAUCGGAUAGCCACAUUUCACCAGUUGAUUUGAUUGCUGCACAACCUUAGCUCCCAUUACAUUGAAGAUGAAGAUCACUGAUGGCAGCAGAGUGGUAAAGUGCAUGUUCUAAUCGUUUUGUACAAAUGAAGUAAUGUGAAUAUCAAAAGUAAAAUCAAUGAGAGUAUAACACUGUUCCUGACUGCACACAAACAACCAAUGGGUUGUGGAGGGGGUUCACUUAGGUACACGGGGUGAGAGUUUGUUUUCAGUGCUCCAACUUGUUCCUCUGAAUGUUGUUCCUUCCCGCCCUACACCACUGUCUGUACAGUAUGCAGUAUAUGCUUCUCGAGUAGGAUUAGCCCACAUUAUAACAGGGGAAGGCUCCAAAGCCCCCCCCCCCCCCCCUCCUCUCCACGUUCCCAAUUUAGUGUUGUAAGGAUGAUACUUGUUGAUAGGAUAGUUUUGGAAAAACAAUUAAAACAAGGAACGUCUGGUCUCUGGUCCCGUGUUCGAGACGUGUGCCGCUAAACGGCGCACGAUCGUCACGGGAGGAUGCCCUAAAAACCAACUCCUUACAUUGUAUACAAAAACGCUCAGUCAGAUUACGGCUGUUUAAUGAAAAGUUAAUUUAAUUUGCCCUAUCGCGCAACCCCCAUAACAUUCACGGCCAUUAUUCCGUGCGCGCGUGAGUGUUGUUAAAGCGGGGCUUGCGCAUAGCGGUUAGAAGAGGAGAGCGGAGUAAGGUAAAUACGCUUAUAUGAAAAAAAAAAGAAAGGAAACGGUAGACAUGGAAGGUGUUACUAGUGUUUAAUAGUAUAGUGUUUCGUCACGUAUGUCAAAGUUAGGAACGCGCUCCACUAUAGGAACAUUUGAAAAUGCAUGCUCAUAAUAUUCAACCAAACUCCGGUGAGGGAGCGGCAGAAAUACUGGACACGACGGGCACGAGAGCAAUACAUCUCCAAAUCGCAGCUUCCAAACGUAAUGGUUAAGGUACAUAUAAUGAAAUGAAAUGAGUAACUUAAGAAAAACAAAGCGCGUACACACGAAAAGGAAUGAACAAUUCAAUGAAAAAUGUUCAUAACAAAAAAAAAACAAACAAGAAAACAUAUAGAUAAAAGUUAAAUCCGCCACAUUUAUUAACCACGUUACUCACACGUUAUUAAACAAGCAACACAUGAAGAAAAAAAACCCACACAUAUGUAGAGUAUAAUCGUGAACGUAAGCUUAAAUAAGAAAACCCAACAGAAACACUCCAUUGCAAUAAAAGUUAAAUGAAGCGCAACGAGAAAGCAGAGAAAAAGAAAAACAAAGCAACGUUAAAAUGAGAUGUAAAAAUGAGAAUGAUAAAACGUAUAUAAAAAGGUAUAUUAGGAUAAGACACAACAUUUAAAAUCGUGUUACAAAACGAAGAAACCCAAACUAAACAACAAACCAGACAAGUAAAACACAAUAAUCAACCAGUAAUUGUUGCAGAUGUUAACGACAACGGAUAUGAAGAAGAAAAAAACAAGAAAAAAAUAUUUAAAAAAAACAUCUCGUUCAACUUAGUCGCAGAUAAAAAAAAAACAAAUAACGGUUGUUGAUUUAGUUCUAACUAACAGAGUAAGCAGAGAUAGAAUGUAAAGGGAAAUCGACAUAAAAUUAAAUAUAUAUUUAUCUCCCCCCCCUCCCCCUCUCUCCCCCUACUGAAUCAAUUUCCGUUUCCACCGAUUCGGUUGACGAUGUUAAGUUGAGUUUUGUCUUUUCAGUUCACUGAUUACGCUUUUGUCCCGGUCGAUCGUUGUUUUUCAGGAGACGUUACGGCGAUACGAGUUGACAAAGCGAUUAAGAGUUAUACACCAAAAAAAAAAGAAGACAACAAAGAAAUCUUAUACAAAAUCGAGAUUGUGUGUUUGUACAUAUAGGAAAACUGUUUGCGAAAAGAAUGUUAUUCACACUUCACAUAUUUAAAAUGCUCUUAUUCCACCCAAACCAGCAAACGCCAGAGUACGAAUGGAAGGCUAGCUUAUUGUUCAUUGGAGCUUUUGCAGUAACCCAUUGGGAUUUUUUUGAAUUUAUAAAUCUACUGCAGUUAAUGCAAAUAAUAGUUAAUUUUGUUAAGAUCCUCACUGCCCGCAUUACUACGAGCUGGGCCGGUAAUACAUAAAAAAAAACUGGAUCAAACUGACGCCAAAUCCAUACACCAGAUCACACCGUAAAUAGAGCAACGAAGCAAUAUAUGACAAUAGUAAACAGUAACCGGUGGCGGUACUGACCACCACUGCACAUCUUCCCAAAACGCAAAUGGCUUUGAUAGGUGAUUAUCUACUUUUCUCAAGCCGGCAACCCGGCUAUGUACGUUGUUGUCGUGUCCACACAACGCAUUAACCAAUCAAAACUGAUCGUGACUUGCUGCUGCUGCUGCAUCACUUCUACCAGUCGAGAUGUAACCUCAUUUGGCGUACCACCACCAGAUGAUAUGCCGGUAGCAUCUAUACCGUAGCAAAGGUUGAUUGCCUUCAAUUGGUUUCCCUUCCCAGCAAGCACAGUUCCCGGUGUUGUUCACCAGCUAGUGAAAGGUGUGCAUGUAGGGAACACUGUCUUGCGAAAUCGCAAACGCAAACGUUUGACCAUCGUUUUCGGACAAAAUGGGCAAACAUUCAAGAUGUGUCUGUAUGAUUUUUGAUAAGUGUGUCGCGCGCGAUCUUUGGUUGCGAAAAUGGUACCCCCGUUUUAAGGUUUGAAGCCUCUUGCAUGAUCACGAUCGUAUCAAAUAAGCUGAUUUGCAAAUGUGGCCUAAAAUGUGGACAAAAUCCUUGGCAUGUGCUCGGCAAAAUUAUUUCAAAACUGAAUGAUUCUGAAUUAUUAAAUACAUUUCUAAUCUGCAAAGGUACGUAAUUAUCUACCUGCACAACACCUCAGCUGUAAAUAUACAUAUAAAUUGCUUGCGUUUUCAUUAAAAGUAAUAAUAAAACAGUUUUUUCAUAGUUUUUGAGCUAACAAAAUGUCAAUUAAUUGUUCUUCUACUACUUGAUUCUGCUUCUAUUGGAGCAGAAAAGCAAACGCAUCAUCAAAGAUUCUUGCCCCAUGUUAUCUGCAGCUAAUAGGCAAUGCCACGAACACGCAAACGCAUUGUGUUUUGCGUCAAUAAAUACGCUUCAAAAAUAGCAAAUAGUUAAGGAAAGUUAAUAUAACAAAAAAAUGCCAUUAAUUAAUAGUUCGCUAGUAGGGGUUCUCGCUAGUGUUUCAAAUGGUGUAUAGAUGUUAAGCGAAUUUCUCGUGAUAGAGAACCGCGCCUAUUGUAAAUGCUGUGGGUGAGUGAGCAGCACAAAGGUUAAAACGAUACACAAUCGGAAUAAAGCCAUAUUAAAAAUGGUACCCACCAAUCGGUGGAAAACUUCUCAAGGGGAUGUUUUUUUUGUUUUGUUUUGUUCUGGGUCCUUUCGCUUGUUAUGUAGUUUUAUACAUUUUUUAACGCCAGAAUUUAACGAACGCACGAUAAAGACGUGUGAUAUUAAAAUAGAGACAUAAAUAAGAAAUCAUGAAACAAAACCGAACAAACGUUCCGGUUUUUAGCUGAAUUGCUCACAGCAAUGUUAUCAACGAUCUUCCCGAUCUUCGGCAGAUGUAAAUGGCUUUGGAAAGGAAGUAAAACUAGGAUACAGUUUGGGUUUAGAUUUAGUCACGGUAAUUUACACGUUAUUUACUACAAAAAAAAACUUUGAGCUUGGCUUUCCGUUUUCGUAACACUCAAUGCAUUCUCAAGUAAAAGCAAAAUAUGUAACCAAUCAUAUAUAAAAAAAGAAUAUAAAAAAAACAGCAACAACCAUGUGAUGGUAUCGCACAAAAAAGAAACUUUUAUCAAUCUUCUACUGCUCCCGCCCCCCGUUAUGAAACAAUCAGAACAUGGAAUCAGAACCCAGAGAGAACAACGUUAAGUGCAAACUUUUUGCUUUCUUUUCUACGAAACACUUACCAACACACUCUUCUUGUGGCAACGCAGGUUAACGCACAAUGCAAAACACACACAAAGUUCACCAAUAACAACAACAACAACAACAACGGCAAAAUACCACUGGCAAAAGCGUGUAAACAAACCACACGAGCAAACAAAACACAAUAAGCUAAAAAAAACAGCAUUAAUAAUACGCAUAUAAAAAUAGUAAAAAAAAAACACACACACAGUAGAUAAUAGAAGGUAUUUAACAGGCGGCAAACAUUUAAGAUGGUAAGAUGGUAAAUUAAAGCUGAACCCCCCCAAUAAUAAGCCCAUAAAGCGGAAACAUUGUAGAAAGUUAGUUAGAAUUUUGUUAAAUUAUAUAUAAAUGUAAGCCCAGUGUAGAACCAACAAAAAAAAACUAAAACAAGGACAUGUCACAUUGUAAUGUGGUAGAAAAGAAGGUAAGAAAACAACAACAACAAAAAUGACGAAAAGAAACCAAACAACACAGUAUAGCAAAAGUAAGUUAAAUGAAUCUGUUUAAGGAAAAGAGAGCGAAAAAAUACGAACAAAAAAAAAACGAGACAAACCAAGAGCAAAACAAAACGAAUAACAAAUGAAACGAAGACAAAUUAUUGAAAUUUAUAGAAAAAAAAACAGAUUUGAAAGGUUGUGUAAUUAUUUAGAAAGAUACCAAAAACUAUAUAUAUAUACUUAUACAUAUACAUAUACAAAAUAUGCAAAAUUUGCAAACAACAGCAACAAAUUAAACGGAACACACAACACACACAACACAGAAAGCAAGCAAAAAGGAGGAAAACAAAACAAUGCUAUAAAUAUGGAGCGUUUUGGAGGGGCAAGGGCUCAACGAAAAAAGAGAGAAAAGUACGAAAAAAGUGGUUAAUCGUUGGAGUCAGAUGUUUGGAGGAUCACUGAAAAAAAAACAACAAACAAACGUGGCUAAAAAUAUCAAGAGAAAAAAAAUUGUACAUAUAGGACAAAACCAAAAAACCAAGAGUAAUAAAACCUGAAACAUUAAAAAGAUAUAAUGAAACAACGUA